UAUACUCCAGCACGGGUUUCCCCUUUCCCCCCCUUCCCCAUCGAUAAAACCCAAACCGACGGCGUCAAAAAUCCAACUUUUCAGAAUUACCAUGUCCUCCCUUCGGCGAUUCUCCUUCACCGCCCCUCUCCUCUCCCUCCUCCUCCUCUCAGCCCUCUCUUCCGCCUCCUCCUCCUCGCCGGAGAUCCUCAACGCCUGCCAAGCCACUCGCAAUCCCGUCUCCUGCGCCGACCGUCUCUCUAAUUCAACUCCUCCCCUCCCCCCCAAUGCCACUGCUUCCGACAUCAUUCUCACCAUAUUCAACACCUCCCUCAGCGAUCUCCUCACCGCCCGCUCCGCCGUUCAAUCUAUCCUCGAUAACUCCCCCUCCGACCUCAAUCGCACCAACGCCGCUCGCAUCUGCCUCCAAGUCCUCUCCUAUUCCACUCGCCGCCUCUCCGCCGCAACAUUCUCCGAUCUAUUCUCUCCCGAUUCUCGCGCCUGGGCUGGAGCCGCUCUCCUCUACCAAUACGACUGCUGGUCCGCUCUCAAAUACGUUAACGGCACCUCUCAGGUCGCCGCCGCAAUGACUUUCCUUUCCGAACUCAGUAAUCGCACCAGCGACGGCCUCUCUAUGCUUGCCGCGCUCCACCGCUACGGCCCCAAUAUCACUCUUUGGGGUCCUCCACAGACCGAGCGCGAUGGCUACUGGGAUCCGCCGUCUGUAAUUCCGGCGAUUGGGGUCGCCGGUGGGGUGCCGGUGGAUCUGCGGGCGAACUCCACAGUUUGUAAGGACGGCGAGUGCGAUUUUAAGACGGUGCAGGAGGCGGUUGAUGCGGCGCCGGCGAACCUCUCCGGCCCCGGCAAGCGAUUUGUGAUUCGGAUCAAGGCGGGUUUGUACGAUGAGAUUGUGCGGGUUCCGUUCGAGAAGACCAAUUUGGUAUUUGUGGGGGAUGGUAUGGGUAAAACCGUCAUCACGGGUGAUCGUAACGCCGACCAGGUUGGUGUUACGACCUACAGCUCGGCCACCGUCGCGGUGGCCGGCGAUGGCUUCAUGGCCCGUGACCUCACAUUCCAAAACACGGCCGGACCGGCUGCCCAUCAGGCCGUUGCCUUUCGAUCAGAUGCUGACUUCACCAUCCUCGACACCGUAGAAUUCUCCGGCCAUCAAGACACCCUCUACUCCCAUUCCCUCCGCCAGUACUACAAAUCAUGCCUAAUCUCCGGCACCGUCGACUUCAUCUUCGGCAACUCCGCCGCCGUAUUCGACGACUGUCUCAUCGUCAUCGUGACCCGCCAAUUCAAUCCGAUGAAGGGUGAGUCCGACACCAUCACCGCCCAAGGCCGAACCGACCCGGCCCAACCCACCGGCUUCGUCUUCCACAACUGUCGAUUGAACGCUUCAGAAGAGUACUGGAAUCUGUACAGGAGCAAUCCUUCGCUGCACAGGGUGUAUCUUGGCCGGCCAUGGAAGGAGUAUUCGAGGACGGUGUUCAUUGGGUGUUACAUGGAGGAGUUUUUGAGGCCGGAAGGGUGGUUAGAGUGGUCGGAGGAUUUUGCGCUGGAGACUCUGUUCUAUGGGGAGUUUGGGAGCAGGGGGCCGGGGGGUAAUGUCACGGCGAGGGUGUGGUGGAGCAACCAGAUUCCGGCGGAGCAUGUUGGCGUGUAUUCGGUGGACAAUUUUAUUCAGGGGAACCAGUGGAUACCAGCAGCUGAAUGUCUCUAAGCUUAUUUAGAAGAUUUUUAUAAAUUUAUUUUAGAGUUUUAGACUAUAUAUCAGGGAAUAUAUGUUCGGAUUAAUUGGUGGUAUUUGCGUGUUAUUGGUGAUAUUGAGGUGAUAUUACGGACACUGUAUGCAAAGAUGCAUACGGUGCCCGAUCUCCACCAUCGAUCACAACAAAGAUAUAUGGCGGUGGACCUUAUUUUAAAUUUUUUUGUUUAAAAAAAAAUUAGCUAUGAUGGACGGUGGAGAACGGGCACCGUAUACUUCUCUACGUACAGUGUCCGUAAGGAAUAAUGUUUCAUGAUAUUGAGUCAAUAACACCUCAAUAAUAUUGUCCGGAGGUAUGCCUAAGAUCUCUCAUAUCUGAUAGUUAUUAAAUUAUUAUUAUUAUUAUUAUGUCUGUCACUGAUUUGGUGCAGCUGAUUUGUUAUCUAUUUUUUAUUAGAAAGAAUUUAGAAAG